AAAUGAACUCAGUGGAAGUAUUUGGCAGUCACGAUAUCGAGUUUGAAUGGCCGGGAGGGUUGUGAGUCAGAUAAGAAUCUUUAUCAUAUUUGAAGAAGCACAGCUGCCCCAUAAAGUGCUGUCUGGUUUUCAAGCGGUCAAGAUUUUAAGCAAGGUGAUAAGGAAUCAUUGAGUCGGGGUCAAUGAGAGUGUCCGGCUAGUGUUCACCAGGUGAUUGUGUUUCUUUGAAAGAACACCAUGAAAAGACACAUAUCAAGUUUCAUAAGUUCAAAGUUGAACACUGCACGUGCGGCGCACGUGGCAACAGCGCCCCCUGUGAACAUUCAAACUGAUAAAACUAAAUCCCUUAAAGAUGUCCCCGGCCCUAGUGGAGUGUACGCCUUGCCGUACAUUGGUCCAGUCUUCAUGUUCAAGCCUUUCGGAAACUUUCGUCCGGAAAAACUUAACCUUUUGUUCCAAGAUCUGCAUCGGAAAUAUGGGAAGAUCGUCAAAUUCCGGAAGGGUUCGUCAUGGGCCGUGUUUUUGUUUGACCCCACCCUCAUCGAGGCCGCCAUGCGUUAUGAAGGACGCUAUCCCAAACGUCCCAGUAUGCCCCUACUUGACAUCUACUCCGAGAGGUCAGGAAAGGCGCGCACAAUCAGCCAGCUUUCGGGAAAGGACUGGUACGACCUACGUAAACCCGUCCAGGACCGGGCGAUGAAGCCCCACAUUGUUGCACAGUAUCUUCCUUCCCAGAGGGACGCUGCAGACGACAUGGUCUCCACCAUCAUAUCACAGAAACUUCACGUCGACGACAUGAGCAAGCUUCUUUUCAGAUACACGGCAGAAUCGACUGGCUUGUUCUGCUUCAACGUGAGACUGGGGUUCCUGGACAGUCAGGGUUUGCCUAUGACUCAGAAACAGGAGGAAAUGUUGUUGAGAAUACGUCAGUUCCUGUCACUGGUGGCCCAGAGUUUCUAUACCUUCCCCACCUUCAAAUACUACCCCAGCAAGAUGUACAGGACAUUUGAAAAGGUGUAUGGUGAUAUACAGAAGACUGGCCUGACGUAUGUGGAGAGUAUGUACAGAGAACUCUGUGAGAGGAAAGCCAGGGGGACGCUGGACCCCCACGAACCCAACCUGCUGCUUGCUCUCCUCAAUGAUGACCGUCUUCCCAAGGAAGCCUGUUUCCGCAUCAUGUCCAGCUUCUUCACAGUGGCCACGGAGAAUGUUGCUAAAUCUCUGUCACUGUCCCUGUUCCUGCUGGCGAAGAAUCGGGACAAGCAGGAACUUCUGUACCAAGAGAUUAUCUCCCAGUGUGGCACCGGGAAGGUCGAUGCCACGUCUCUGUCACAUAUGCCGUAUCUUAAGGCCUGCGUUAAGGAAGGACACAGACUGGCUUUCCCCAGCCCUCUUGGAUCUGUCAGGAUCAUGGAGAAGAGUCUUCAACUGGACGGCUAUCACAUUCCCAAAGGGACGGAGGUUCACUUUGGCCAUAACAUACUAUGCCACAGCCCCGAGUACUUCGACUCGCCCAAGACCUACAUCCCCGAGCGCUGGCUCAGGGACGAUGGCAACACCAGAAAGAAGCAUCUUCAGUCAUUUAUCGUCAUGCCUUUUGGGUUUGGCGCCAGGAACUGCCCCGGGAGGAGAUUUGCUGAACAGCAGCUGUUCUUGGCUUUGAUCACGAUCAUCCAGUCGUUUGAAAUCUCACUGAAGAAUCCAGAUGAAGAGCUCAGCAUCGUGUACAACAUUCUUGCAACGAAAGAAACUCCCCUGGAGUUGAACUUCAAACAACGCAAAAAAUAAAGCAGAGACUGGUUGCCGUAUUUGAACUGGCAAUCAAGAGUUCUGCGCAGGCGCAGAUACACUCUAAGCUGGUUGGCUUGAGCAGGUGGCACGACUCUCGAGGACCAAAGAUAUUUAAGUUGCUUUGAAUAGUUUCAUGUCUUAAUGUCAGAAUCGGUGACAUGGUCCUUGUCCAUAUUCCAGGGGUCCCUCAAUCAGCCGUGAAUACCUACGAUCCAUAGGCUAGGUAGUUAUGAGUGAGUGAGUAUGGUUUUACGCCGCUUUUAGCAAUAUUCCCUCAAUAUCACGGCGGGGGACACCAGAAAUGAGCUUCACACAUUGUACCAAUAUGUGGAUACGAAAUCGGAUCUUCGGCGUGACGAGCGAACGCUUUAGCCACUAGGCUAAAACCGACCCCGAGGUAGUGGUGACGUGUGAAUAUUUUAACCACCUCAUAAAGUGAGGCCCUGAAUUAUUCCCGGAAGUCAAAUCAGCUCUACUACAAGGUGUAGGCAGUGUUUAAAGUUCCCGCCUGUCUAAUUGUUAUCGAUGGUC